GUGAUUAUUGUUGAACCAAUAUGGCGGCGCCCUGCAACGCUGAAGAGGCUAAGAGCUCAAAGUUGGAAUUCGCGCUGGAUGUCGCGUUCCCGUCGGCGCGCGAGGCCAGCAUCGCGUGCCAGUCCCUGUCGCCGGACCGCGAGCCGCGCAGAGGCGGAGCCACGAAGGAGCUGCGCGCGGCGGGCAGCACGCUGAGCGUGAGGUGGACUGCGGAAGAAGCCCGAAUUCUGCGUGUCUCUGUCGGCUCUUUCCUCGAUCACCUGGCUCUGGUCCUGGAGACCAUGAUCGAGUUUGGGCCCCCGGUCGCCCAGUAACCCGACCCCCGGGGUGGAGACACAGAGCUAGAGCAGCAGCCAAGGCUGGGCAGGGUGUCCAGCCAGAGGGAACGCAGGGGGUAUUUAACCGAAAGAAGUGUGACUUCAUGGGUUUGCCUGACUGACACUGCAGCCUGCAGCCGUGGCAACGCUCUGACACACGGGAAGGAAGGAGGAGCUGAAAGCGGACAGAAAAGCAUCCUGCAUCAGUCUACCCUGCAGCCAUUGGACGACUGGAACAAGCAACGUCCAAUCAGAAGCCAUUGUUACCAAUGAGAUGUCAUCAUUUUUGUGAUAUAAGCAAACAUGAGUUCAUGCUCUUCUUCCACAGCAGAGAGGGACAGUGACCAGGUGUAGCCUUUUUACUGUAUUCUUUCCCCUGGUGCCUGUCCUUCUGCUUUAAGUGUCACAAGAAGUGUGUUUAUUAUUUAUGUUGCAAAGUCAGAUGAAAUAAAUGUAAAUAAA